UUUUUUUUUGUUAUUUUUUUAUUAGUAAAACAAGUAAAAUACAGAUAGAAUGGAAGAUGCUUUAUGGUAUCAAUUUCAAAAUAAUUCAGCAAAAGUAUAUAAUGAGGGAAAUAGAAUUGAAUCUGAAACUGAUGAUGACGAACAAAAUGAUAAGCAACAACACAUCAUGCAAGAAGAAAGGAUAUCGGGGCCUAAAACGGGUCCAAAAGGAGUAAAAGCAGAUCACGAUUAUUAUCAACAAAAACAGUUAGCAGCAAAAACAAAAGCCUAUGCAGAAUAUAACGCACGUAUCUUGGCCAAAGCACCAACAACAACAACUUAUCAAGAAGAUAUAAAGGAAGAAUUAUUAAUAUUAGGACGAGAAGAGGAAGAAGAAGAUGAUGAUGAUGAUUUAAAAGAUUAUAGAGAGAAAAGGUUACAGGAACUAAAACAAAUAAAAGAAAAUAAUCAUUCUAUUCGACAACAACAAAAAGUAUUUGGAUCUUUAAUCACAGUGAAUAUGAAUGAUUACGUAAAGCAUAUUGAUCAUGAAUGGAAAACUAUAUCCGUUAUUGUUCAUUUAUAUGAUGAAAAAAUACCACAAUGUACACUGUUAGAUUCUUAUUUGAGUGAAUUAGCAAGGAAAUAUGUAUUAGCAAAAUUUAUUCGUGUAUCUGCUAUUGAUCUUGACUUUGAUUUAGUGGGUUCCCCUGCUAUUUUAGCCUAUCAAGGUGGUAUUUUAAUUGCAAAUUUAGUUAGAAUCAUUGAUGAAAUAGGUACCCGAUUUGAUGUAGAAUCAAUAGAGGAUAUUUUAUUAAGACAUGGUGCCUUAUCAGAAAAUGAUCUAUAUGAAGAACAAACACAAAUAAAGGAAGACAGUGAUGACGAUUAUGAUAUAUAAAAGGACAAUGACAUAUUAUAUAAAUAAAUACAUACAUACAUAAUUAAUAAUAUAGAUGUGUAUUCAUAUAUACAUAAAUAUAAGCUUAUUUAAUCUUCUUUUUUAAAUCACUUGUUGUACCUGUGUAUAUGUGUGUGUAUCACGUGAAGAAGUUAACUAUGUUUAUGUGGGCUAUAAUAUAACAUUGCUAUAUUUGUAUUAGUAUGUUGAAAGAUUACAAUCUAUUAGCUCACA